AUGUCCAAGAACCCACUCACUGAAAUUCUUGAGACUAAUAAAUUUAACGGAACAAACUAUAAUUGUUGGCUGCGAAAUCUUAGGAUUGUUCUAGAUUUUCAAAACCAGACCUAUGUUCUAGAUAGGUCUCUUCCUUGGGCCUUGCCGGAAGGGUCCACAUGCAAAGAACGUUUGACAUUCAAAAAGUGGCAUGAGGACAACCGGAAGGUUCGCAGUACCAUACUGGCGUCAAUGAACAAUGACAUCCAAAAAGAGUACGAUAGACAUGAUGAUGUCCAAUCGAUAAUGCUCCACACCAGCAAAGUUUAUGCGGUUUUGGACCGGCAUAUUAGAUAUGCUGUGACAAAAGUAUUUUUCAGUUCCAAGAUGAUUGAAGGGUCUCCUGUACAAGAGCAUUGGGUUAAGAUGCUAUCCCUUGUGGAGAAGCUCAAGGAGCUCAAGACUAAUCUUGAAAAAGAGACGUACAUCAACGUGAUCCUUCAGUCUCUUCCUCCCUCCUUUGACCCAUUUAUCGUGAACUAUAACAUGAGUGCGCUUGUCAAAGACCUUCAUGAGUUGAUAAGCAUGUUGGUCCAGUACGAGGCAACGAUUGAAAAGUUUGCGCCAUCAGUAUUAGUAGGGGAAGCUUCGACCUGA